AUGAGAUGGGGUCAUAAAGCUAACCCGGAUAGGUGGUUCAUAAACUUACAACCACAAUUCCAAGAAGUUGUAGACGCAAUGGAAGUCAAUGGUGAACCAGAUAUAGCUGGUAUUUUAAGCGCGGCUUUAAUGCCAUUGAAAGAUAUGAAACAUGCAGAUAUUUUGGACCAGUAUGAAAUGAACAUGGCUGAUGGAAAUAUAACACCUGACGUUCUAGAACAUUUAUCUCAAAGAACUACACAGAACCAUAGAGAUGGUAUAUUUGGUGAAGAGUUUAGAAAGAAAGUUAGGGAGAGAGAAGGAAGAGAACCUAUUGUACAUGACCUUGCAAACGAAAGUUUACAAAAUGUCAUAAAAACUUACUUUGCAGACAAUGAAUGA